AUUCCAAGAAAAGACAAAAAAAAAACCGUCGCAAAAAGUGCACCACUGAGAAAAGCACGAGCGUCAAAGAAACCAACCAAAGAAUCUCAGGUAAUAAGAAACAAAAAAAAUAAAAUCUCCUUUCUCUGAUUCUGCUGUCGAAGUUCCAGUAAAACCAUAGGAAAGAAAAAAAAAAAAAAAGCUCUUCCAUUUCUCCCAAAGGCAAUGGAUUCGGUGUUUGCCGCCAUUGUUCAAGCUCAAGAUCCCAUUCUAGGGGUUACUGUUGCUUAUAACAAGGAUCCCAGCCCGAUCAAGUUGAAUUUAGGCGUUGGUGCUUACAGAACUGAGGAGGGAAAACCUUUAGUUCUCAAAGUAGUUCGGAAAGCGGAACAGCUUCUUGUUAAUGACCAGUCAAGAGUCAAAGUAUAUCUGCCUAUUCUUGGUCUUGGAGAGUUCAAUAAAUUGAGUGCUAAGCUCAUUCUUGGUGAUGACAGUCCUGCUAUUCGAGAGAACAGAGUGGCUACUACUCAGUGCUUGCCUGGUAGUGGUUCCUUGAGGGUUGGAGCUGAGUUUCUAGCAAAGCAUUACCACCUACAUACCAUAUACAUUCCAUUUCCAUCAUUGGGAGACCAUUUGAAAGUUUUCACAAUGGGAGGGUUGUCAGUGAAGACUUACCACUACUAUGAUCCAACAACUCGUGGGCUCAAUUUCCAAGGCUUGCUAGAAGAUCUUAGCGCAGCACCAGCUGGAGCUUUAGUUCUUCUUCAUGCUUGUGCUCAUAACCCGACUGGUGUUGACCCAACUGUUGAGCAAUGGGAACAGAUCCGGCAGUUGAUAAGAUCUAAAGGGUUAUUGCCUUUCUUUGACAGUGCUUACCAGGGGUUCGCAAGUGGUAGCUUAGAUGCAGAUGCACAGCCUGUUCGCAUGUUUGUUGCUGAUGGUGGAGAAUGCUUUAUAGCUCAGAGUUAUGCAAAAAACAUGGGACUUUAUGGGGAGCAUGUUGGUGCUCUCGGCAUUGUAAUGGCUGAUGUUGCAAGCGGGGUUGAGAGCCAGUUGAAGCUUGUAAUUAGGCCUAUGUAUUCAAGUCCACCUAUUCAUGGUGCGUCAAUUGCAGCCACCAUUCUCAAGAAUAGUGAUAUGUAUAAUGAGUGGAAGAUUGAAGUGAAAGCAAUGGCAGACCGAAUCAUUAGCAUGCGCAAACAACUAUUUGACGCUUUAAGCACUAGAGGCACUCCAGGUGAUUGGAGUCACAUUAUCAAGCAGAUUGGAAUGUUUACUUUCACAGGGUUAAACAGCGAUCAAGUUGCAUUUAUGACCAAAGAAUACUACAUUUACAUGACAUCUGAUGGGAGGAUUAGCAUGGCAGGUCUUAGUUCCAAGACCGUCCCUCAUCUAGCCGGUGCUAUACAUGCUGCAGUCACUCGUGCCUGUUAGAAAAGAAUUUGAAAAUUGUGUGGCAAGGAUUUUUGGUUCUUAGUCCAUCUGUGUGAAAACUUUUUUCCCCAACUCUUUAGAUCAAAUAAGAUUUUCCUUAAUAAACACUUCACUCGAAUGCAAGUUCGAUUUGAAAAUCUUUCUGAAGGGUUACCGUACUUAAUUGCAGCAAAUCAAUAUACACUGAAAUCACUCGAAUAAUUGUUUUUUAGUUUUUUUUUUUUUUUCGCUCAAAUAAUUGUAAGAUGUUUAAUUAUGUUUCUUAAAGACAUCUGGUUCCUUUCGUGUUCGAACAACCUAGAAAAAUCAUCUCUAACCUUCUAACUCCCAACUUUAUGCUGAUGUGAUAAUUGAUGCUGAAAAAUUUUUGAAAACUAAAAUCCAACUUCUUUUAUAGGGCUUGUCAUUGUGAAUCUUUCUUUGCUGUUUGUGAAA